UAAUUGAAGCAUGAUCGAAAGUAUAGAUAUGCACUUGGACGAAGUUGACAAGACGGCUGUAUUGUGUGCAGGUGCGCAGACAAGUAGAACGGACGGUGGACAGUAAGUGACUUAAGACAUGUUUGGUAAUGCCACCGUUACAGACGAGGAGACGGACUCCGCCCUAACGCUAUGGGAUUACAUGAACUUACACCACGAUGUCAAAAAGAGUGACAUCAUCCUAGUGCUGGGUAACCACGAUACCAGGACUGCCGAGUAUGCUGCCAAAUUAUUUCUGGGCGGCUAUGCAGACUGGCUGAUGUUCUCGGGCGACAAGGGAGUACUCACAAUAGGUAAGUGGGAUAAAACAGAAGCUGAGGUAUUCUGUGACGUAGCCUUAAAAAUGGGCGUCCCAAGGGAGAAAAUCAUACUGGAAACCGAGGCAACGAACACAGGAAAAAAUGUCUCGUUUUCCUACAAAGUUCUCCAGAAGCUGAACCUUCUCAAGACUUUACAUAGCUACAUACUUAUACAGAUGCCUCACAUGGAGCGACGUGUUUAUGCAACUUUUAUGAAACAGUGGCCAGGGGACGCAACCAGUCUGGACGUUACUGUGUCGUCACCGUCCAUUCCAAUGUUGGAGUACCCUAAUGACCAUGUAGGCUCGCUACAUGACAUGGUCACUGUGUUGGUGGGGUCUUUCUACAGGGUCAAGAUCUACCCAGAUGUAGGUUUUCAGAUAGAACAGCACAUUCCGGAACAAGCAUGGUUGUGUUACGAGAAAUUAAUCAAAACUGGAAAAUAUAGCGGACAUAUGAUUUAGAGUUUGUACCAUUGUCUGCUUAUAAACUGAAUCAGAAUUAAUUUUUAAACUAUCAACACAUACUAAGCGUUCCUUUUUCUCUCAUAUUAAAACAUGGUCAGAACUAUUUGUUUACCUGCAAUUCAUAACACUCUCUCCUGUCUGAUGGAUUUAUGAUUUCCUAAGUUGAGCUAGGUGUUUGCCAAAAUUAAGCUACAUAUCAUCAAAAAUACAAAUGGAGAAGCGUUAUGGCAAAUAGCCAACAUCCGUGAAUUUCCGUGACAUUUUACAUAAACAUGUGGGAGGAGUUAUGCAAAUAUAUAUCUACAUUGGUACAUAAUUUUUUGACCUCAUCAACGAAAGUACUUUUUUUGAGGAAUAAUCAUUCUGUGAUAUAUUUCAUUGAAUCAAAUUCAUCUAAUACUUUGUUAAAAUAUAACAGAUUAAUACUAGUGAUUGUCAAGGUCUUAUAAAUAAUAUAGUUUUUACACGAAAUAAACUUUUAAAAAUAUAGUCAAAUUUUCAUUGUGACAUAAUUAUAACAUUUAUAGAACUGUAAAAUGUAAACAAUCUUCAAUGGCAUUUAUAGUACUGUGUUUGCCAAUGUUGUUUGGUAUCUGUAUUUAAGGAUUGGCUUUCUCUUUUAUCUGCCAAGUUUAUGAGUACUCCAACAGUGUUAGAGGUUUAACACAGUGAGUUAUUUUUGACAAGCGCCAUGCAACGAGUCGAUAUAAUCAUAUGCGAUAAAAACUAGCCCACCAACGGCCUCUUAUGUGAAAGGAGUAGUUUAUGAGGUGUUCAGGUGGUGCAUUGGAUAGCGCACUCACCUUUCACAAAGGCAGCCGGGGUUUGAUUCCCGGAUCAGAUGUGAAUAGGUAUGGGGUCACCUGCCCAAAGACGUUGGUUUUCUCUGGGUACUGUGGAUUCCUCCCACAUUCAGACCCUCUGCGCAGUAGCAUCUGGGCCAACAAGAGAGAUUCAUACAAGUUGAAAAAUAACUUGUUUCAUAAUUGAUGUAAAAAUAAAUAAAGUUUUUAUUAUAUGUUUAUGAGGUGAUAACUACAGUCAAACUUCAGUGCAACUUUAGCAAAAACUGCUAACUAUAUAUAGAAUUACUAGAUUAUUUGUCACAUCAAUGCCAAUGUAUUUAUAUAGUUGAAUAACAUGCUACUGUUGGCAUUAUGGUUUCACAAUGUAGACACAGGAUACCAUGUUAGCACUGAAUCAAUUUUUUUAUUAAAAGAAACAAACACAUAAAAAAUUGUAUUAGAUUUUAUUUAUGCCUUCCCUAUAUAUAGCUAGAUUACUAUUUUCCCUAUAAUUUAAUAGCAACAUUGACAUAUACCCGGUAAGUAUUGAUUUGCUUUCUGAUGGCAAUCUUCAGUAAUACGAGUGCCCACUCAUAUUUUCCCCGAUUGCCUUUUAAAAGCAACUUAAUGCUUUAAAUACAUUACACAUAUAAAAGAUUUACAAAAUCACUUAUUUUUGUGAGAUAGACAAGCUCACAUGCACACAUAUCAAAGAGUAUGUUUUCUCUCCCAUUUU